AAAUCAGGUGAUGGGUCAGAAAAGCUUUUCUCUAGACUUCCUGCCCUCUGGAUCUGCUGCUGUUCCUUUGGCCUCUCUGAGAAACGCGCUCGUUUUGCUGCUUUCAUCACACUGAAGAGGUUCCCUCUAUCAGACUCGGUCAUCUGAGUUGGUCAUGAUGCAGGACCGCUGCUCGCUCUCUGAUCCAUCCUGCUCACACUCUCCGACGGAAAAGCCCCGAAUCUGAAUGUGACUCUGGAGGAAAAAGCGGUUAGCUCUUUGAACUCUGGUGACCAAAGGUCCUCUUUUCCAGACUGGAUCUGUCCUCAGCUGAUCAGAACCAAAGCGUUGGAUCUUUAAUCUCCUGCGUUGUUCUGAAGCAGCAUGUUAAUCAGCUCUCCUGCUUUGUUUCUAUUGCAGCUGUUAGCUAAACACGGCUAAAGAAAACCUGCUACCACUUCAGGAUCAUCCAUCAGCUGGGACUGCUUCAUCGUGUUUACUUCACCAUCUGGAUCUGGACAGCAUGGAUGCAGAUGUUCAACAGGUGGUUCUAGUUAAAGAAGAAGUUCCUGGUGUGGACCAGCAGGACCCAGAACACCUCCACAUAAAGGAGGAAAAGGAGGAACUCUGGACCGGUCUGGAGGGAGAACAGCUCCACUUGAAGGAGGAGACUGAUGCUGCCAGGUUUCUAUUCACAGCAGUUCCUACGAAGAGUGAGGAUGAUGAAGAGAAGCCUCUUUUCUCACAGCUUCAAUAUCAGCAGCAAGUGGAUGACAGAGAUGUUUUAACAAGAAGCUCAGCUGACCAGAUUACAGCAGAAACUACAAACAUCCCAUAUAUGAACCGUCAUGAACAGACAUCCAGUUCUUCAGAGACUGAAGUUAGUGGAGAUGAUGAAGAGGAUGAUGAUGAUGAUGAUGUGAAUCUAGAUGCUGAGCUAUCAAAUUCUGGGCCUGAAACUGGAGAUGAAGACGAUGACUGGAAUGAAAGCAGGUGUUCUGAGCCAAAUGUUAAGAUCGUCAACAAAUCCUUUAGCUGCCUUGAGUGCAGUAAACAGUUUCUCCACAAGGAGUCUCUCCAGCAACAUCUGAGAGUGACAAGUCAUUCAGCAAUAAGGUCUUCUGUUUGUUUGGUUAAAAAGAAAUGUGUUGGAGUGAAGCAACUAGUAGACCCGUGUAAGACAGUCCAGAAAGAACCAAAGUCAUUUAGUUGUGAUGUCUGUGGAAAAAUACUUAGUCAUAAGAAAGGUUUAAACAGACACAUUAAACUCCACACAGGACAGAAACCUUUUGCCUGUGAACUAUGUGGACAAGAAUUUGGUCAAAAGACAAAUUUAAACAGUCACAUGAGAGUCCACACAGGACUGAAGCCUUUUGCCUGUGAAUCAUGUGGACAAAGAUUUAGUCAUAAGACAAAUCUAAACAGUCACAUGACAGUCCACACAGGACAGAAACCUUUUGCCUGUGAACUAUGUGGACAAGAAUUUGGUCAAAAGGUGAAUUUAAACAGACAUAUGAGAGUCCACACAGGACAGAAACCUUUUGCCUGUGACCUCUGUGAAAAAAGAUUUACCCAAAAGGUACAUCUAAACACUCAUUUGAGAGUCCACACAGGACAGAAACCUUUUGCCUGUAAUAUCUGUGGACAUAAAUUUAGUCAUAAGACAAGUUUAAACAAACACAUUAAACUCCACACAGGACAGAAACCUUUUGCCUGUGAACUAUGUGGACAAGAAUUUGGUCAAAAGACAAAUUUAAACAGUCACAUGAGAGUCCACACAGGACUGAAGCCUUUUGCCUGUGAAUCAUGCGGACAAAGAUUUAGUCAUAAGACAAAUCUAAACAGUCACAUGGCAGUCCACACAGGACAGAAACCUUUUGCUUGUGAACUCUGUGCACAAAUAUUUAGUCAUAGGACAAGUUUAAAAAUUCAUGUGAGAGUCCACACAGGAGAAAAACCUUUUCCCUGUGAGUUCUGUGAAAAAAAAUUUAGACAAAAGGCACAUUUAAACACUCACUUGAGAGUCCACACAGGACAGAAACCUUUUGUCUGUGAACUUUGUGAAAAAAGUUUCAGGCAAAAGACCAUUUUAAACAAUCACAUGAGAGUCCACACUGGACAAAACCUUUGCGUGUGAACUCUGUGGACAAAGAUAUAGAAAGCCAAGUUUAAACAGACACAUCAGAGUCCCCACAAGAGGAAAACAUUUUGCCUGUAAGCCCUGUGGACAAAAAAAAUUUCCAGAAGAAGAAAUGAUCUUUUUUAAAAUGCCUCUGAAGAUAAAAAUCAUUAGGUGCUUCACAAGAACAAAACCUUUUUGCCACAGCAGCAAAUGAUCCGUCACCUUUAGUUGUUAGCCUGGUGCUCUGCACAAUCAAAGGCAACAUUAAACAAUCACAGGUAGGGUGUAGGACAGAAGCCUUUUGGUUGUCAGCUCUGUCGACAAAGAUUUUGUGUAAAGUCAAGUUUCAAUAGACGCAUGAGAGUCCACAGAACACACAAAGCAUGUUAUCCUUGUAAUUUUUACAUAUUUAUUGUUUAUCUUUGUUCAGUCAGUGGUUCCAGACAGGGAUGCGUUUCCUGCCAUGUUUUUAGUUGAAUAUGUUUGGCAUUAUCCAUAUCCUUAUUUCUUAUUCAGACAUUUAUUGUGAAAAUUUGAGGGUAAAGAAAGUUCAAGAGAGCAACCUGAGGUUUUCAUUUCUGUGUCACCCAGCGAGGUGUGUUUUAUGUUAUAUUUAUAUCAUUUCAAAUAUAUUUUCCUGUUUUAUCUUUUUGAAUUUAUUGUGUUUUAGUUUGAUGGUGGUGCUGUAAUAAAACCAACUUCAAGAUA